AUGGCCCGCGGGCUGGAAGUGGCCUGCCGAAUAUUCACACUAAUCUCGAACUAUGGGCCAAUAAGAGCUUUCAAAGAGUCUUUGGAGAUGCUCAAGUCACUGCUGACACAAUUCUUGCGGGCUUCUGAGAAAGGGAAAAACAUAUUUAAAUACCUGUAUUGCCACUGUUUCUUCCGCCUCACCCCCCGCUGUUCUCCUCAGUCUGCUGCACUUUACCAGAGAAAAAUGCCUUUCACAUUGUUAGCAUUUUACCUGAAGGCACAACUGGAAGCGUACAUCAGCAACCUUCAGAGAGUGCGUCUGAUUCGAACAAAUAAGAGGGAAGGAUUGGUACGUGCCCGUUUGAUUGGUGCUACUUUUGCCACUGGAGAUGUGCUUACAUUUCUGGAUUGCCACUGUGAGUGUGUCCCUGGCUGGUUGGAGCCACUGUUGGAGAGAAUUGGGGAGAAUGAGACUGCCAUUGUUUGCCCAGUCAUUGACACUAUCGAUUGGAACACGUUUGAGUACUACAUGCAGACUGGAGAACCGAUGAUAGGGGGAUUUGACUGGCGUCUCACCUUCCAGUGGCACAGUGUGCCUGAACACGAAAGGCAGAGAAGGAAGUCGAGAAUAGACCCAAUCAGAUCACCCACCAUGGCAGGAGGAUUGUUUGCUGUUAGUAGGAAAUAUUUUGAAUAUCUGGGCACCUAUGACACUGGCAUGGAGGUGUGGGGAGGCGAGAAUCUGGAACUGUCUUUUAGGGUAUGGCAGUGUGGUGGCACGCUGGAGAUUCACCCCUGCUCACAUGUGGGCCAUGUAUUUCCAAAACGUGCUCCGUACGCUCGCCCAAAUUUCGUCCAAAAUACUGUACGAGCAGCUGAGGUGUGGAUGGAUGAAUACAAAGUGCACUUUUACUAUCGAAACCCUCAAGCUGUAAAGGAAAACUAUGGUGAUAUUUCUGAGAGAAAAUUGCUCCGAGAACGUUUAAAGUGCAACAAUUUCAAAUGGUAUUUGGAUAAUGUAUACCCAGAGUUGCACAUUCCAGAUGAUCGGCUCAACUGGCAUGGAGCGCUAAUGGUGUCCAUCACAACUCAAGAGGGACAUUGUCCUUUAGGACCAUAUUGA